GAUUUCAUAUACUUAACCAUGAUUUUUCAUCCCUCCAAGCAGUUAAAUUGGUUCAUAAAUCAUUUAGUAUUACCCACAUAUUUUAUUCUUCUAUUUUGUGACAUAAAAUGUUUUUGCGAACAAUCUGUGUAUAUUCAACCAACACAUUCAACAGAAAAGCCAAAACCAAGAAUUCCUGGAGAACUCUACCCACGAAUGAUUAUCUUCCACAUGGAUAGGACUAUUUGGCCUUUCUGGUUCGAGCUUGACGUGACCAGGCCAAUUCAAAAUAAAAAUGGGAUUGUCCUAGAUGAUGGAUUUCAACCUCUGAAGCCUUACCCGCAGGUGCCGGGGCUCCUCAGUUCCCUUCACAGCAAAGGCUACAAGCUUGCUUUUGUAAACCAAAGUCCAGACAACUCUUCUAUAGAGAGUCUGCUUCAGUGGUUUGACCUCAACAAGUUCAUUACCUACAAAAUAACAAUGAGCGCACCUAGGAAGGAGCUAGUUAGAUUAAUCUCUCAGAAUUUCAAAGUUGACUGUGGAGACAUUCUUUACUUUGACGGAGAGUACGAGGAGAUACCAGACAUUGCGGAGCUGGGGACAGUUUGUAUCCAGACAAGUGACAAAGGAGUAACAACGGAGGAUGUUGAGAAGGGUCUGUCAGUUUUUACAACAGAGGCACCACCUCCUUAGCAGGAACAUCAACACUAACCACGCUUUCUAUCAAAUAUGCAAAAAAGAGACUUUACUUGUACAAACCUAAAAGGCAUUUCAAUCUUUUAGAUGUAUACCUCUGGAAAAAAAAUUAAACACAGUAUAUAGUGUGUAUAGUGAAAUAAAAUUCCAAUAAAGUUUACGAGAAAAGACA